UAUAGCCUUGAGGGAGAGUUUCCAGAAAUGCUUUUCACUAUCAACAGGGAAGGAAUAAUUUACCUGAAUGCUCCUCUGGACAGAGAAACACAGGACCAGUUUCAUAUUAACAUAGUGGUAGAGAGGCCAGAUGGCAGAGAGAUUGCUAAGCCCGUGGAGCUGCGAGUGAUGGUGGGGGAUGCCAAUGACAAUAGGCCCACGUUCCCACAGAUGCAGUACCACACGGUGGUCAAGGAGCUUGCGACUAAAGGUACAGAGAUUCUCACAGUCCAAGCAGCUGACAACGACGAUCCGAAAACCGAUAACGUGCGGAUAUUUUAUCGGCUGGUGGGCCAGAUGCCUGAGACUCCCCGGAAUUUGUUCCGUGUGGACCGGGACUCGGGAGUGAUCACAGUGCAGGCGGACAGCAUGGAGGGCACCGCUCCACAGUACACACUCACCAUCACGGCAGAGGACGCUAAAGGGCUGAACAGCUCCUGCACUGUCAUAGUCAAAGUUCUGGAUGAAAACAACAACCCACCAAUCUUUUCCCAUCAUGAGUAUGGACCCUUCCACCUGGCUGAGGAUUCCUCAGUGGGCACCACAGUCACUGUAGUGUCGGCAUGGGAUGCGGAUGAGUGGGGUGGGGACAGCUGGCAGGUGGACUACAGACUUGAAUCUGGGAAUGAGGAGGAGGUUUUUACUCUAGUGACUGACAGACAGACCAAUGAAGCUGCCCUCAUCCUUGAUAAGGUGCUGGACUUUGAGCGGGAGAAUGAGUAUAUACUGGUACUGAGCGCUCAGAACCCAGUUGCUCUGGUCCGAGGCAGGUACGGACCAGCAUCCACAGCAACUGUCACCAUUUUUAUCGAUGACAUCAAUGAAGGCCCCGUUUUGUCUCAAAGCCAUUAUGAAGUCACUGUCAGAGAAGGGGAGGAGCCAGGACGUGUUAUUGCCACAAUCAGAGGUUAUGACCCUGACUCUCAUCCAAUCAGGUAUUCACUGAGAGGAGACACUAAGAAAUAUUUCUCCAUUGGGAAGUACUCCGGAGAGCUCAAGACGGUCCAAGCUUUGGACAGAGAGGAGAACAGCACCUACACCAUGGAGGUGGUAGCUGAAGAUGGGCGUAAUUCCUCUUUGUUGGCCUCCACGCUGGUGACAGUGCACAUUCUGGAUGUAAAUGACAACAGCCCUGUUCUGGUGGGCGAUUACUCCUGGAAGUACCUGUGCACACCUCGCUGGGAGGAUCAGGCUCUGGUUCUGGCCUCUCGGGACAGCGAUGGGCCCCAGCAUGGAGGAAGGCUCAACUUCUCCCUCCGCAGUGACGCCACUGUCCGCCGCAACUGGAAGCUCACUCCCAUCAAUGACACUCACACCAACCUGUCUUUGAAUGUCCCAUACCUGCCUCCAGAGGUUUACAUUGUACCUUUUACCAUCUCAGACAGCAGCUCUCCACCCAGAAGCACAUUCAUCAAUCUGCCAGUGACGGUUUGCCCAUGCAAUGUGAGGGGGAACUGUAGAACAGCACCAAAACAGCUUCAGGGCAUGCCCACUAUUCAGUCAACAGUGGGCAUCCUGCUCGGAACUCUGGGAGUUAUAGGCAUUAUACUGAUUGUUAUAUUUGUGAGACUGUCCUACCAGAAUUCAACACCACCAAGCAAAGGCUGCCAGGAACGAGUGCCACUUAAAGUCUCUCUCUAACUUCUGAGCGUUCUAGACCAUUCAGUCAUUUGAUCACUACAGUUUUAAAAAGUGACAUCAACUCAUUGAAGGAUUUCUCUGUUUAAAGUCAAGUUUGCUUACUUUUGACACAAUACAUUUUUGGUUUUAGUGAAAAGUAACUUAUUAGACAAUAUAUGUA